CUGAGAGGGAGGUGUCCCCUCGUCCUCGCCCCCCCCGGGUCCAUGGAUCUGUCCGACUUCCCCUUCCCGCUGCCCUCGGCCGAUGACCUGUACGACCUGAACUUCUUCGAUGAGCUGGACGCCCGGCUGGACGCCCGGCUGGACGCCCGUCUGGCGCCCGGCGGGCCGCUGAAGGCGGAGGAGCCCCCCCCCCACCACGUGCCCUCGGCGGAGGAGGAGGAGGAGGAGGAGGAGCAGCACGUGCGCGCCCCCGGGGCCGGCCCCCACCAGGCCGGCCGCUGCCUGCCCUGGGCCUGUAAGGCCUGCCAGCGGCGCCGCCCCGGCGCUGACCGCCGGCGGGCGGCCACCGCGCGCGAGCGCCGGCGCCUGUCCCGGGUCAACGACGCCUUCCAGAGCCUGAGGCGCUGCACCGCCCCCGGCCCCCCCCCACCGCCUGCCCAAGGUGGAGAUCCUGCGCAACGCCAUCAGCUACAUCCAGGCCCUGCAGGCGCUGCUGCGGGGGGGCGGGCCGGACCCCCCCCGGCCGGACCCCUACGGCCCCGGGCCGGACCCCAACGGCCCCCGCUCACACCGCUGCGAGCCGGUCAGUCCCCGGACAGCUGCCCCCCCCCCCAGAAACCAGAGGAAUGUGGAGGGGGGGCGGGGGGUAUUUUUGGUUAUGGCAAUCAACUUUGA